CUGACUCAGAGCUGGCCGAGUGAGAAAGCAGGAUAUUGUCCCUGCGGGCGGUCUGGCAGUUGUUCGUAAGCAGCAAUGCUGUUGUUGCGACUGGUGUAUGCUAGCGGUGUUUUUUUGUCGGGAAGUACGGACAGCGUUCCGCCUCAAAAAGAGUGAUCAUGGAGAGUGUCGUUUGCCAGUAAUCUUUGACGAGUAUCGCUCCUGCAGCUGGCGUUAUCAUUGCUGAUGCUGCUGCUACUGCGGGCGACUUAAGUACUGUAAUGUUCUGGGUUUACGUCUAUGUCUUUGCGCUGUGAAUUCCCGUUAUUCAACGGCGACGUAUCGUCGGCAGCCGACUAGUCAACUAACCUAUCUGAACUAUGGGUUAUGAGCUAGCCCGUUUCGUCAGCGCAUCUGCCAGCGGUUCUGGGGCUGCUGGAACCCCUAUUAGCGUCGACGAGGAGCUGGUAUGCCCGAUCUGCUCAGGAGUUCUUCAGGAACCUGUGCACACGCCACAAUGCGAACAUGCUUUUUGCAAAGAAUGUAUUCACAACUGGAUAGACCGAAAACCUAGCUGUCCCAUCGAUAGAAGUGCCAUCACUAUUCAGGAGUUAAAACCUGUUCCGCGAAUUCUUCGAACGCUGCUGUCACGGUUGACAUUAUCCUGCAAAUUCGCUGAACACGGCUGUACUGAAGUUGUUAAACUUGACAGGUUAGAAUCUCAUGAAACCGUUUGUGAAUUCAAUCCUGGCCGACCAGUCACGUGUACCGAAGGCUGUGAUCUCGUCAUACCUAAGGACGAGCUCAGGGACCAUAAUUGCAUCAAAGAACUGCGCGCUCUUGCGCUAAGGCAGCAGGCGAGAGUGGCAGAAUUGGAAAGGCAAAUUAGCUCUCAGCUAGAGGAGAUCUGUCGCCUCAAGGAUCUCCGAGCUAGUGCAGUGCCUCACACGUUGAAUUCCGCUGACUUUCAGGAUAGAAUUGAGCAGUUGGCGCUAUGGUCAUCAAAUUUAAAUAUCGCGCGUGUGACCCGCUGGGGUGGAAUGAUCUCAACACCUGAUCGUGUUUUGCAAAAUAUGGUCAAACGCGCCUUAAUUGAUAGCGGCUGUCCUCUAGGAGUUAUCAAUGAGUUGAUCGAAAAUGCUCAUGAACGAAAAUGGCCUCGUGGGCUUGAUACAUUGGAAACACGGCAGCGCAAUCGCAGAGCUUUCGAAAAUUUUGUGUGCAAAAGGAUACCAGGUAAACAGGCGGUGGUAGCUUUGGCGUGCGAUAACAUGCAUAUGGGUGACGAUAUGAUGGUACAACCGGGGCUAAUUAUGAUCUUCGCCCACGGCAUCGAGUAGCUAGCCAAUUGUAGUAACUGUACGUUCACAUGACAACGACUUUUAGAACAGAAUAACAAAUGAUUAAUUUAGGAUUGCCUUAAUAAUAACGAAGACCACAACAAUAAGACAAACACCUACAAAUAGAAUAGUUAGUCAUUUAUGAUACUACUAAUUAUAGAUCAAAAGUCCGCAAAAGGUUUUGCGAUUGGAUUGCGGCACAACCGGUGAAGUUACGUUGCUCCUAAGGUGAUUGCAACGCUCUUCAAAAAUCGCAAGGAUUUUUAAGUAGAUGCCCGAAAAUAUUUCAUUUCUUUGAGUACGAGAUCACGAGAGCAAUGAUAGAGGGCAAUGAUCACAAACGAUUUUUGUAGCAUUGGCUAAGGAUCCUUCACUUUAGAAGGCAGUAAAGGCCGGUACGCUGUUCUCCCAAGCGUUCAGCAUAAACGGACUGAUAUAAAUUCAGAGAAGAAAAUGAGCAGCAGGUUUUAAUUAUUGACAACUUAGUAGGAAGGGCCUACUAUACAACUAAACGAGCUACGGUUUGAGGCUGAUAUAUCCAAUAAAUGGGAAGGUUGCUUGGUUAGAAGCUAUUAUGUUUUUGUAAAUUGUUUUUACCUAAUAACGUGAAUACGUUUUAGCACACGAUUAGAAAAGGUUUAGUGAAUUAUGUACUUUUAUAGUUUCAUAUCCUUAAAUACUCGUUGUACGAGAUGAUUAAUAUUUACCGAAAACUGAAUAUAAACAAUGCGAUUGGCCUACGAUAACUAUUGAAUACAUAUCCUACGAGAAAUAUGACCAUUCAAUGUUCAAAACCAUAUUUUGUUAAAACAACCCUUGCAGUAUAAUACAACGUAUAUUGCUAAUAAAUCCGACCUCAGUUAACUGAGGUUUAAAUAAUAUUUUAAAAUACAUAACAAAUUAAAUAGAUUAAUAGAGAAAAGAACGUGAUUUUGUCUCCAUUUAAAGAAGAAAAGACAAGAAAAGUUGAAACACUUAGUGUAUUUUUAUUAUUAGUGAACGUUUGUAAUCUGGAGUACAAAUUUUUUAAGGCAUCAAACGAAAACAAGCUCAAGGGAGGAACGAAAAUGUUUGUGUUUAGGGAUAUCGCGUUGAUUUUGGUGUAGAUGUUACAACAUCAGCUGAGCCAUCAGGUUAGGCGAGAACACACGAGUUCUUUUACAUUUUUAGUAUAAAAUUGCAUUCAUAGAAUUCCGCAUGAUUAUAGCGCGUUCAUCUUAGUAUUACUAAUCGUAUAUUAGCAAUAUUCACCAUGGAUCAUUAUCCAUUCAAUUUGUCAUUGCGAUAAUAUGUAAGGUAGGACUGAGGUGUGAAAAGCGGUAUCAUUUUAGAAUUUCUAACUUCGGUCCACAUCGCAAAACGACACAAAUGACAAGAGACAUUAAUCACUUUAAUCACUCUUGCCGUACUGCCAUUUGAAGUUUGAACUACGUAAUCGCAUAUAUGCCGAAUGGUUUAAUCACUCUCCCCCUACUGCCAUUUGAGGUUUGAACUAUCUAAUCGCAUAUAUGCCGAAUGGGUAGUAAUAAUAUAAUUACAGCCUGAAGUGUGGCAACGAAUUUAUGUGCUUUUCUCAAUGAUCAAUCAUCAUCGAAUAUUUGCCAACAUUCUACGGCAAUUCAGUACUUCAGCUACCCAUUAUUUUGUGCUUCACUGUUGCAGCCUAUUUGUUAGAUAGCCGCGCGGACCUUACCAUAUGGACACACAUGCUGGUGGUAGCCCUCAUUGUACAUGUCUGUAUAGUUAAAAUAGGUAAAAAGCAAUACUUGUGACAGGUUUUAGCAAAAGCUAACACUGAAUGGAUGAGUAAAAGUGUUAUUUAUGUCAAUACAAAGUAAAUUUUAAUUCAAUGAAUAAUGUGAAAAAUAUAACUGCGUUAGACUGAUAGAGAUGAUUAAAACAACGCCAAUAAAGUAAGUCCUCAAACGGUAUAAUUUGCUUUAUUUUCUUCGAUUAUUGCAAAAGCCUUAUCAAGCUCGUGGUUAUUUAGUUGCGGAAGGUAAUCUAGCUAAACCUCUAGCUAAACCAAUAAGAAGAUUAUAACUGCCGCGGUGAGUUCUACUCGGUUGUAUCGUUCACGAAAUUAAUUCGACCUAAUAACUAUAAAUAAUAAUAAAAAUAGUUAUUAGGUCUAUUAUUUUACUGCGAAUUAAUUUCCGACCGAGUAG